AAGAAGCGCAAGACACAAGUAGAUGAGAUCGAGGUCGACCUUUCUCUUCCCGAACCACCUUCCAAGAAGGCCAAGCGCCUCCUCAAGAAAGGAAAGCCACUCCCCGCCAAGCCGAACAGCGACGAUGAGGCCGAGAACGCCAAGGAUAAGAAGUCUAAGCGCUCCGAGUACGGCAUCUGGAUAGGAAACCUGCCUUUCUACCUCACAAGAGCCGACCUCUUCAAGUGGCUGGUCGAGCAGUCCGGCGGUGUCAUCCAGGAGGCCAACAUCACAAGAGUGAACCUGCCGACAAACAAGAAUGCCCGACCACGAUUCCCUGGCGAGGAGAAGAAGCCGCAGAACAGAGGCUUCGCGUACAUCGACUUCGACACGGAGGCUGCUGCUGUCGCUGCCAUGUCGCUCACCGAGACUCUGUUGGAGGGCCGCAAUGUCUUGAUCAAGAGCUCCUCCAGCUUCGAGGGGAGGCCGCAGAAAGAAAACACGGAAACCGCAGAAGCCGACACGGAAGACACCAAGAAAGUCGACGGCAGCAGGAAGAUCUACGUCGGAAACCUGCCCUUCCAGGCUACAGAGGAUGACCUAUGGGCCCAUUUUGAGAAGUGCGGUGAGAUUGACUGGGUCAAGGUGGCCACCUUCGAGGACUCCGGAAAGUGCAAGGGCUUUGGCUGGGUCAAGUUCAAGCUGGUCGAGUCAGCCGAAUCCGCAGUCAAGGGUUUUGUCCGGAUAAAGGAGGAAAUCGAGACCGAGGACGACUUCAAAGAGCCAAAGGACGGCGAGGACGCAGACGCUGGCGAAAAGAAGUACAAGAUGCGAAAGUGGUGGGUCAACAGGAUACGUGGAAGAGAUCUCAAGAUCCAAUUCGCCGAGGAUGAUCAGGUGCGGUACAAAAAGCGUUUCGGAAAAGACAGGCCGCCAAGGGACCAGCAGGAUGGGCAGAGGCCUCCGCGGCGAGAAGAGACC